AUGUGUGCAGGCUGCAAACUCACCAUCACUGAUCGCUACAUCCUCCGUGUCAACGAACGAUCCUGGCAUGAAUCUUGUUUAAAAUGUACAACAUGCCUGCAGCCACUCUCUGGGACCUGCUACUGCCGGGACAAGCAGCUGUACUGCAAACAUGACUACAAAAAGCUUUUUCUGACAAAGUGCAAUGGGUGUAGUGAGAGCAUCAGCCCAUCGCAGUUAAUCAUGCGGGUGUUGGGGAGCGUGUACCACAUCGAGUGCUUCAGCUGCUGUGAGUGUGAGCGGCCCCUACAGCCGGGUGACGAGUUUGUGCUGAAGGAGGGUCAGCUCCUGUGCCGCAGCGAUUACGAGAAGGAGAGGGAGAUGCUGAGUGCUAUCAGCCCGGCCCCGACAGAGUCAGUGAAGAGUGAAGGUGAAGAAGCUGAACAACUCGGGCAGACCCAGGGCAAGGGACGGUCUGAGGGUAAGGACCACAAGAGAUGUAAACGCCCACGGACAAUACUCACUACCCAGCAGAGACGAGCUUUCAAGGCAUCCUUUGAGGUGUCGUCCAAACCUUGCAGGAAGGUGAGAGAGACACUUGCUGCAGAGACUGGUCUCACUGUUCGAGUUGUACAAGUUUGGUUUCAAAACCAAAGAGCCAAGAUGAAGAAGCUAGCCCGGAGGCAGCAGCAGCAGGAACACGAAGAGCUGAGCUGCCAGAGGAUGGGCAGUCGGCGGAAUGCCAAUCGAGGAAUGAGGCAGCUUCCCCAAAACAGAGAAGAUGCAGGAAGUGCCCCUGGGAUGGACACGAUGGUGCUGGCCUACCCACCUGUGCCUCGCCAGCCAUUGGUGGAUCCGGGGAGUUACAGCACGGAGCCGUUUGCCCAGGGCCUGACACCCCCCCGGCUACCCGGUGAUCACAUGCAUCCUUACGAUUCUGAUGGAGUGUUCCACAAUAUGGAUCAAGAUGGCUCCCUCAGUCACCUGGGAGAUUGUCUCCUGGGUCCAGCAGAGUCGAACCACCUCCCAGCCCGAGUUGGGAACCCCAUCGACAGGCUGUACUCCAUGCAGGAUUCCUACUUCACCUCCUGA